AUGACACAAUACCGCCCAGCGAUCCUGUCCGCCUCUCUUGGCCGUGCCUGGCUGCACGACUUUGACGAAAAAGCCACGCAAGCCUCCAAAGCAGGCUUUGAGGGAAUCGAAAUCUUUUACGAAGAUAUCGACUACCUUGCUCGCAAAAAUAACAAUACCGAAUGCCCCGACGAUGGCCAGAUCCUUGCCGCGGCCCAGAGCAUGCGGGACCUCCUCGACCGACUGCAGCUCACUGUGCUCGGGCUCCAGCCAUUCUUGUUCUACGAGGGUCUCCGGGACCGCGACGAACACGCGCGCCUGAUUGAGAAAAUCAAACUCUGGUUCAAGAUUGCCAAGACCUUGCGGACCGACACGAUUCAGAUCCCCGCUAAUUUCUUGCCCGAGGAGAAGCUGACGGGCGACAUGGAUGUCAUCGUGGGGGAUCUGAGGCAGCUCGCUGAUCUGGGGUUAAAGGAAGACCCGCCGGUCAGAUUCGCGUACGAGGCGCUGUGCUGGAGCACACUCGUCAGCACGUGGGAAAAGUCCUAUGAAGUCGCCGUCAAGGUGGAUAGGCCCAACUUUGGGCUCUGCCUCGACACGUUUAACAUUGCCGGGCGCGUUUGGGCCGACCCCGCGUCCCCGACUGGCAAGACACCAAACGCAGACCAGGAUUUGAAAGAGUCUUUGGAGCGUUUGCUCGAGAUAGAUCUGAGCAAGGUCUUCUAUAUACAAGUUGUCGACGCAGAGAAGAUGGAGACGCCCCUUGUCAAGGGUCAUCCAUUCCACGUCGAUGGCAACCCUCCGAGGAUGAAUUGGUCGCGCAAUGCGAGGGCAUACAUGUACGAGACAGACAGGGGUGCAUAUCUUCCAGUUGAGGACGUCGCGCGAACUCUCAUCCACGGGCUAGGGACAAUGUCCGAGGAAGGUGAAAGGGUGCCCGAAGAGCAUGCGCAGAGAGGGAUCCGAGCAUGGACAAAGCUUUGUCAGAGGCUGGGGUUAAACAAGACUGAUGACGUAUAA